AUGAUUUACCACCCGUAUUUAUUUCUGAUUGGACUUAUUUGCCAAAUUGCAUUUGUGUCCCCAAUUGAUGAGAUCAAAGCGGAUGACGAGGUGCUGCAUCUAAUCGGAGACCCGGAUUUCCGCGCGGUACGGCUCCGAUGGGAGUACGGGGAGAACGAUGCUGACCAGCGGAUGAAGGUGCUGGCGUUCCAAGUGCACUACUGCGAGUUGCAGGCUUGGGGACAGUACCGGUGUCGCACUAAAGUAAUAGAUAACUUUGAAGAGGAGAAACCACUGAGGAUCAGGCCUAUCGACACAACCACAGUGACUCCUAGUACUGGCCGACGCGGGCGUUCAUAUAGCACCUAUAUUACCGGCCUGCGGAUGGCCACUACGUAUUCCUUUGAAGUGCGGCCGGUACAGCGCGAUGCGCGCGAUUUGGCUGACCCGCACUCUAUCGGCUCGAAAAUUAUCAUCGUGCCUACCAAGGGAUUUUCAGCUCGAGCAACACAAUGUUUGCCUCACGCAAGCGAGGUAGAGGUUUCCACUGGUCCAUUCUUCGGCGGCAGAAUUGCCGUGGAGGCCGCAGACGGCGGCCCAGAGCGUUGUUCCAUACAAGGCAAUCCAAACAGCGCUCAAGACGCAUACAUAUUACGUAUUCAUCACGAAGAGUGCGGCUCGGAAGUAAACGAAACUACAGUUGCAACAUACGUCAUUGUGCAAGAAAAUCUGCCUAUACUGACUCACAGCACACGUCGAUUUUUGAUUUUGUGUACCUACAAACCGGAAACACUUACGGUCAGAGCUGGUAUCAAUCUACCCAAAGCCAACCCUGGAGAUGUACUUCACGAAACGAUACCCUUUGGCUCUGUGGAACCAUACGACAAUCAAGACAUGGAUUAUAAUGAUUUACAACCAGCCAGACUUGAAGCACGUAAAGAAAAAACACAAAGUGUAUUCGGUGAAGUUUCAUUAGUCAUGUUCCUGGUUGUUGCCGCUUUUGGUGGUAUUGCGUUAUUAAUAUGGAAAAUGGUGCCACAGACAGAAAAGGACAAUGUAUCAAUUGCAACAAUCUCCUCCAUGCGCAGCAGUAUAUUUGGAAGUAGAAACAGAGACCGAUUUUCCGAUAAAAGUUCUGUGUACUCCAUUACGUUGUCAGAAAAAGAUGAAGGACCAAAGACGAAAUGUAGCGAAGGUGACAAUACGUCGGAAGCGUGA